AUGGGAGUCCAGCUGAUUGUGUGUUUGCCCGAUUCUGACGAGAAACUCAUAAAUGUGUGCGACAAAGAAGACGAGCUGAAAAAGAUCACAGUUUUAGACCUCAAAAGGAAAAUCAUUCAGCAGCUGAGUAUCCAAAACGAUAUUCGACUGACCUUUCACGGCGAAACACUCAACGAAACUCAACCCCUGAAAGAGUACGGCAUCCGUCAUCUGUCCACCAUCCACACACUCCUCAUUCUCCACGGAGGCAUCUGA